AGGUGCUGGAGAGAACCUGGAAAACACCAUGGCAGCCUUUCACCAUGCGGUUAAUAUAGGAACAGAUAUGUUGGAGCUGGAUUGUCACCUGACAAAAGAUGAGCAAGUGGUUGUGUCCCAUGAUGAGAACCUGAAGAGAUCAACAGGAGUCGAUGUCAAUAUAUCGGACCUCAAAUACUCUGAACUUCCUCCGUAUCUCUGCAAACUGGAUGUCACGUUUCAGAAAGAAUGUCACUGCGAGGGUAAAGAUAACCGCAUUCCCCUCCUGAAAGAGGUGUUUGAGGCUUUUCCACAAACCCCUGUCAACAUUGACAUCAAAAUGAAUAACAAUGUGUUGAUCAAAAAGGUUUCAGAGCUGGUGAGUCAGUAUAAGCGAGAACACUUGACUGUUUGGGGGAAUGCCAAUUACGAGGUGGUAUCAAAGUGUCACAAGGAGAAUGCUGACAUUCCCAUCAUCUUCUGUUUGCAACGUGUCCUCCUCCUUGUUGGCCUGUUCUACACUGGUCUGCUGCCUUUUUUUCCUUUCAAGGAAGAAUUCUUGGAAAUUCCAAUGCCUUCAAUCAUCCUCAAGCUGAAAGAACCACAAAAGAUGACGAAAAGUCAGAAAUUUAUUAUCUGGCUAGCUGACACAUUGCUAAUGCGCAAGGCACUUUUUGACCACCUCACUGCCAGGGGCAUUCAGGUGUAUAUUUGGGUACUGAAUGAAGAGCAAGAAUACAAGAGGGCAUUUGAUCUGGGAGCCACUGGAGUGAUGACAGACUAUCCGACAAAGCUUAAGGAGUUUUUACAUAAUUAUCCAGCAUAAAGGAAAAAAAGCAGGAAAGAUCUUGCAAAAUAGAAUAAGU